UCACAAGGUUGUAACCAUAUUUUCAUACAAUCCACUCAAAAACUGGCUCCUUCUGUUUUGAUAGAAGAACUGUUGUUUUUUGUCCCUAUCACCUGGAAUUCAUAAUGGUGUUUUAUGUCGUAGUUUGCUGGGUGAUGUUAGGACACGUUGCCGGGCAACAGGUUGUACGGAGUGAAAAAUAUGACUCGGAUGUCCCCACACUUAGUCCAAAGGAAGAUAAGACGUCAGCUUUAACCUUUGAACUACAGGACGCCGACGACUUGUGUUUCUAUGAACAAUUUGUCACUGGAGGAAAAUACGUAUUCGAGUAUCAAGUUUUAAAGGGCGGGAAACUUGACGUCGAUGUUCUUAUAACUUCUCCACGUGGGAAGCAUGUAUACGAAGGAAAGAAACAAAAAUCAGACAAGACAGUCUUCGAUACCGGGAAUGGUAUUUUCAGUUUCUGUUUCAGUAAUCGCUUCUCGGCUUUCACCCAUAAAAUAGUGUAUUUCAGCCUACGUUCGCAAAACAUUGCGUCGCUUGCGGCGAGAGCAGGUCGUUUACGGCGGCCGACAGUGAUGACGUCAGUGGAAGCCAGCAUGGAACAAAUCAACCAGGACUUACAAGAGACACUCGAGUAUCAAACUGCGUACCGACUCAGAGAACUUUCGGGCAGGUCCUUUGCUGAAGACAUGUCAUUGAGUGUUUUAUCUUGGUCGGUGAUAUGUGCAGUUCUUAUAUUCAUAACUGGGGUUGGACAGGUGAUAAUACUCAAAACUUUUUUUACUCAUACUCACACUUCUCAAAAACAAACAUCAUCUAUGUAA